GUCCUUCAUGUCUGCGGAAAAUGAAUCAAAUUUGAGCUGCCGUGGCAAUGUCACCCUGGCCUUCGGAGAACCCAUCACCUCGGCGGUGAUGUUCUCGGCCGGUGUCGUGGUCAACAUCUUGGCACUGGCCCUGCUAGAGAUCCGGCGCAGGAGGACCAGCCGGUCCCUUUACCAGAUUCUGGUGACUGCCCUCCUCCUGACAGACCUGCUCGGCUCCAUCUCUGUCAGUCCUGUUGUACUGUCAGCUUAUGCUCAGAACUUGACGCUAUUGGGAAUGAGUAAAAACAUGGAGCUAUGCUUCUACUUUGGCUUCAGCAUGACCUUCCUGAGCCUUUGCACGCUGUCUAUCCUGUGCGUAAUGGCACUCGAGCGCUACUUCUCCAUAGGCCACCCUUACUUUUACGAGCGGCACCUGAACAAACGCUGUGUUAGUAUCACUGUUGUGGUCAUCUACCUGGGCAGUAUGCUUUUUUGCAUCUCUCCUUUUCUGGGUUUUGGUGAACGUUACGUGCAGUACUGCCCGGGGACCUGGUGCUUCCUUGACAUGAACCACACGGAUGUAAAGAAUAAAGUUUACAUCGGAUUUUACGCAUCUUUCAUCCUCAUCAUAAUCUCUACCACGGUGGUGUGCAACAUAUCUGUCAUCGUCCUCCUGGUGAGGAUGUACAAGAGGGGCAAAGUGCGCCGGAGGAGAGUGGCUGCGCAGUCCCGGUAUCACAAGUCUCUGUCCUUGACUGAGGAAGUGGAGCAUCUCCUUCCACUGAUUAUCACCACUGUGGUCUUCAUCUGCUGCACCUUCCCCUUAGUGGUCCGAGUGUACGUGAACUUAACAGGCAGCCAUGGGAAUCAACACAAAGCUGACCUCAGAGCUCUCCGUUUACUGUCAUUCCACUCCAUCAUUAAUCCCUGGGUCUUCAUCAUCCUCCGCCCCUCUGUUCUGAAAGUCCUUUGGAGCUAUUUGCACAAACCGCAUACGUCCACAUUCACCUGGGGGAAGACUGUGAGUUCUCAGAACAAACAGACGGUGGGCUGUAAAGCUACAGAGGCAGGAAAAUGAGGAUGAAUUAGAAUUGAUAUAAUAAAUCUAAUGAAUAAAUACUUCUAAUUUCAUUUUCAUAUAAAUUUAAUUAUUCGUUGAUAACAAAUAUGUAAAUAAAUGCUAAGGUGUAAAAACCCCUCAUGACACAUUAUAUCUAUCUAUCUAUCUAUCUAUACAUACCCACGCACAUACAUAUAUAUCGUUAUACGUCAGACUAGUGCGGACUAGAUAGACCGAUGCAUACGA